AAAUCAAAACAAAGUAGAGUGCGGAGGGAAGAUAGUGUUAGCGAGAAAAGAGGAAAAACCACGCAAAGGGCACUAAAGGGAUCGGAUAGUUCAGCGUAAUUCGUGUUUUGGGGGAUUGGUAUACGUUUCGGGGAUUUUUGUGGAAUUACUGCGCACGACGAAUGACUGCAUCCACUUAAAUUUGGGAAGCAAGGAACAAACAAAAAAAAAGUCUGAGAGGAAAUGGCACAUGUACACCUGAGAUACCUUUUGGCUUGGUCGUUGGUGAACAUUGUGUUAUCUUCCGGAGUGUUUGAGCUGAAAAUCAAUUCAUUCCACACGGCACAGCGCAUUUGCAGGAGACAUCGGGACUGUCACAUAUUUUUUAGAAUUUGCCUCAAGCACCCGGAAGAUGUUAUCUCUGCAGAGCCGCCGUGCACGUUUGGGACCGGCCAAACUAAUGUCAUCAGGGCGGAUCACACGUCAAUCUCCAGCAGUGCCCCAAUCAGGGUGCCUUUCCACUUCAAAUGGCCGGGGACAUUUUCGUUGAUCAUUGAGGCUUGGAACGCAGAAUCCCCAACUGAAUACACAGACAACCAAAACAAUCUGGUCAAUCGCCUGGCGACCAGGAGGAGACUCGCCAUCGGGGAGGAUUGGUCCCAGGAUGUGCACUUCGGAGAGCAGAGUGAACUGCGUUAUUCUUACCACGUCUUCUGUGACGAAUACUACUUCGGAGACGGAUGUGCCGAGUACUGCAGGCCGCGGGAUGACACACUGGGACACUACACCUGUGACGACGAGGGCAACCGCAUCUGCCUGGAGGGCUGGAAAGGAAACUACUGCUCUGAACCCAUCUGCUCGGCGGACUGCAGUGAGAGGCACGGCUACUGUGAGGCCCCAGGGGGCUGUAAAUGUCGCAUGGGUUGGCAGGGUCCCUCCUGCAGCGAGUGCGUACGCUACCCGGGCUGCCUCCACGGCACCUGCAGCCAGCCGUGGCAGUGUAACUGUCAGGAGGGCUGGGGGGGCCUCUUCUGUGACCAGGAUCUUAACUACUGCACCAACCACAAGCCGUGUUCCCAUGGUGCAACCUGCACCAAUACUGGUCAGGGAAGCUACACUUGUACCUGCAGGCCUGGUUAUGGGGGCACUAACUGUGAGAUGGAAACCAAUGAGUGUGACAGCAACCCCUGCAAAAAUGGAGGCAGCUGCAAUGACCUCGAAAACGACUACUCGUGCACCUGCCCACAAGGAUUCUACGGCAAAAACUGUGAAAUCAUAGCAAUGACGUGUGCGGAUGGUCCCUGCUUCAAUGGCGGCACGUGUGUGGAGACCAUGACGGGGGGUUACACCUGCCGCUGCCCGCCCAGCUACACCGGCUCCAACUGUGAGAAAAAACUGGAUCGCUGCAGCAAUAGGCCCUGUUUAAACGGUGGCGAGUGUCUGGACCUCGGCCAGAGUGUUCUCUGCCGCUGUCAUGCCGGCUUCACUGGUGCCAACUGCCAACUCAACAUCGAUGACUGUGCCUCAAAUCCCUGCCAGAAUGCCGGGACCUGUCAAGAUGUUGUCAAUGACUACAUUUGCUCCUGCACCUUAGGCUACACUGGCAAGAACUGCAGCGUGCGCUCCGACGCAUGCGGAGAACGCCCUUGUCAGAACGGUGGCACUUGCUUCACUCAUUUCACAGGGCCCGUAUGCCAAUGCCCGAAAGGAUUUAUGGGUCCAAGUUGUGAGUUCACACUACAGCCCAGUUUCAAGCCUGCUUUGCGCCAAACUUUCCAGCCAUCUUCGGCCACGCUGACCAUCUCCUGCAUUCUUGCCAUCCUGGUCGUUGCUCUCGUGGCCGGUAUUAUCUUGCUAAGGAGGCGCAGGAGGCUGCCAGGAAGGAAGCAGCUCAGCGACACAGCAGUUUACAAUGACCUGGAGACGGUGAACAACUUGGGGGGAAGCGAGAGAGACUCCUUCCUCAGCUCGAACGGUCUGUUCAAGAUCAGCAAUAGCACAGCCCGCCUCAGCUUCGCCCCGUGUUCGGAAGGAAGGUCAGGGUACAGGCACAACCCUGUGGAGAGCAGGGCGGAUUUUAUAUGGCGGGACGAGGCAGGACUGGGUUCACUUGCUGGCCUAAGAUGAACUGAAUUUGGGGAGAACACAAGAAGACAAAUAUUAGCACUUGUUGCUCCCUUUUCUUGAUGUAAGGAGCAAAAUUGACGAGUCGAAACCCACUGUACUCCAAACAAUGGACUAGUCUGUAGAAGAUAAUUUACAAAGAUUAUUAAAAGAAUUAUACGGGGCACACCUUUCGCAGUGAAGACCCAAAGAGACAACUAUUAAGAGCCAUCUUUUGCAGGACCUACAACUAAAACCAAAUACAUGAACUUACCGUAAUGAACUGCUUUGGAGAAUUUGCCCCCAGGUGUAUGACUUUGUUUAAAUUUCAUUGUCUUUUUUUUUUCAGAUUGAUUUUAUUUUAUUUUGCUUUUCAAUCUUUAUUUUAUUUUGCUUUUCAAUCUUCCUUUGCUCAUUUUUUCCUUAUUGUGCGCACCAUCAUUUUUAGACUUUAUUAUUUAUUUAUUUGAAAAACUAUUGUUUAAGGCUUCACUUUGAUUGUGACAGAAAUAUAUUUAUACGAUGCUGAAUGAGGACAAACAUCAUUUUUUUUUGUUUUUUUCUUUUGUUUUAUGGGCAAUUGAAAAUAAAAUAUCCCAAACGUAUUCAUGGCAGGGGUAUAAGGUUUGACUGCAUUUGACUGCAAACAACAUUGCCCUGUCAUGUGCCAGUGUUUGCGUUCAUGCCAAAGUUUGUGUGGUGUUAUGUGUUUUCAUUCAUAUUUAAGUUGAUCAUAAUGUGGAUUUGUUACGAAAUAAAAGAUGUUUGAUAUAAU